UCCCUCAUCAAAAUUUCGGCUCCGCUAAAAGCAAAAAAGCUAUCAGCUGUUUUGUGUUAUGAAUCUGCACGUGAAUUAGAUAUUUGUGUUAAUUGAAUCCAAUAAAUUUAUAAUCAAAUUAUGUGAAUGAGAACUUUUAAAUAAAAUGUUUACAUUACGUAAAUUAAUAAAAUCAAAUCUUAAAAUUUAUAUUAAGAACAACGUGCGUCUUUGCAGUCAAAAUUUAGAACAGCAAAGCUCAAAUGUUUCAGACGCUGAAAGAAAACUACCUCUACGCCAAGCUGAAUGGAACCUUGCAAAGGAAAGGUAUGGGCAUCAUCCACUACUUCUGUAUAGUAACAAAUUGGAAGAGCAAGUCGAAUAUAUGGGGUAUAGACAAUUGCGCGCGUAUAAUUAUAAGCAAACUAUCAAGGAAAAACAACAAAUACGUCAAUUGCAGCAAAAACCUUUGAUAGAUGAGACACAAUCCAAAAUCGAUGACAAUGGAAAUGAUCCUUUCCCAAGAAAUUGGAUGGAAGACUAUGAAUUCUAUGAGGGUUCUGAGAAUGAAAUUCACCCUCCUUAUGGUACAGCAGACUCAAGCAUACCGGCAUCAACUGUGCCAUGUAGUGGAUGUGGGGCCAAUUUGCAUUGUGCACGUACUAAUUUGCCUGGCUUCAUACCUGUAGAGAUUUUCAAGGGACGUACUGUAAAAGAACUGCAAAGUAUAAUUUGUCAGCGAUGUCACUUUCUAAAACAAUAUAAUAUUGCGUUGGAUAUAGAAAUAACUCCCGAGUCCUAUGUGGAAACAAUAUCUCGGAUAAAAGACGAAUAUGCUUUGGCUAUUGUAAUGGUGGAUCUAUUAGAUUUUCCAUGUUCAAUUUGGCCAGGUAUAAGUGACGUUCUUGGACACAAGCGCCCAUUAUUUGUGGUUGGAAAUAAAGUGGAUUUGCUACCUCGAGAUCACAAUAAUUAUUUAGACCACGUCAAAAGCUGUUUGAAAGAUCAAAUGUUGCAAUGUGGAUUAGACUCAUUGAAUAUUAAACAUAUCAGUUUAAUUUCUGCUAAAACCGGUUACGGUAUUGAGGAAUUAAUUACACAGCUUCACAAAGUAUGGGGUUACAAAGGAAACGUUUAUCUGGUGGGAUGCACAAAUGUUGGCAAAAGUUCACUCUUCAACAUUCUCUUAAAUUCCGAUUACUGCCGCCCAGAAGCUACGGACUUAGUACGUAGAGCAACGACUUGUCCUUGGCCUGGGACAACUCUACAGUUGCUUAAAUUUCCUAUUUUUCGUCCGUCGGAUAUAAGAAUAUUUCAACGUUACCGUCGUCUAACAGCAGAACGUAAACUUAAGCAAACGGAAAAAUCUUUACCUCGUCAUAAAAAGUACAAGGCUCCCGAUAUUAAAGCAGCUCGGCUUGUAGGGACCAUCGGUCGGACGUUCAUAAAUAAAGAAGAAGAUAUUGAUGCUUUUGCUAUGAGUUCUGGUACACAGCCAAUAACGACUUUGAACGAAAUGAGUCAACGUUAUCGCGAGGCCAAGUGGUGUUACGACACACCCGGGGUAAUGCAUCCAGAGCAAUUUACAGAAUUACUUACAUCAAAGGAGUUACAGCAACUUACACCGCAUGACAUGAUUGUUCCUCGCGCGGUACGUCUCAAACCGGGCAUGAGUCUCUUUCUGGCUGGAUUGGCCCGAUUGGAUUUCAUAAAUUGUAAAUAUGUUGACAUUGAUUGGGUUAAAGUAUUUGUAUUCAGUUCUAUGCAACUGCCGCUUGUGAUUGCUCAGACAGAAAACUCGGAACAAUUAUACAAAGAAUAUCUCGGAACUGAAAUUUUGGGCUUGCCUAAUGGCGACGAAGCGCGGUUAGCGCGAUGGCCCGGUUUGCAAUGUAAGAAUGAGGAUAUACACCUGGUCGGAAAGUACAAAGAUGCAAUCAGCUCUGAGAUUGUAUUGUCUUCGGCAGGUUGGAUUGGCUUAAGAGUACCAUAUGCCAGUGAUUGUAAAUUUAAAGCGUGGACGCCUCAUGCACGAGGUAUUUAUGUACGCACUCCACCGCUGGUUCCUUACGUUGAUCGUUUGGUGGGUAAAAGAAUACGAAACUCUUUUGCGUAUAAUUUGAGACAGCCAUUUGUUUUUAGAAAAUAAGCAGAUAUUUAAACAGUAUGUAUUUUAAGUGUUGAUAAAUAAAUUAAAAAUUUGUAUCAAUUACGUAUAAUAACUACA